AUGGCAACGGCCCUGGAUGGCCGACUUACUGGCCUCCUCCACGGCCGUCGCCAGCCAAUGGCCGUUGCUCCUCAAGCAAUUAUUCUUGCAACCCUCGUCCAGCUGCUGCCACGUGUCGCAGCGGAGUCCUCUUCCUCCGCAUCCCCGGCCGUUUUCCCUUAUACGCCGACCUCCAUCCUCGUCCCGAGCGCCAACUCGAGCGUUGUUUAUCUCUUCUCUGCCUCGGCCAGCGGUCAAAUCGAGUUCCUCUCUCUCAACACCUCGUCCACUCUCUCGUCAUACUCGUCAAGCGGCAUAGAAACACUCACAGCAGAGGUUCCGUUCCUCGCGAACAAUGGGCAAGAAAACACUUUAACAACUUUUACGCCAGCCAUUCGCUCCGAUGGCUCGAUAUUUGUUUACGCCGGCGAUUGCUCUUCGAGCACCUCCGACUCGGCCACCGUCUGGACCUACAACCCCUCGUCCUCGACAGCACAAUGGACGAGCAGCUCAAUACCUCUGACUUCCUCCCAGUCCGGGCCCUGGUUUCUCGGCAGCAGCACUGGCUUCUCGAACCAGGUCGCACCGGCCAUGUCCAACUCUACCUUUUACCUUUACGGCGGCAUGUGUCCGACAACAAGAACAGCCAGUUCCUCCACAGAUGCCUCUUCCAACUGGCAGAGCGGUGCCUCCUAUUCCAACAAAAUGUUAAAGCUCGUGCCGUCCGGCGACUCAUAUGCGCCAUCCUUUGUCUCAAGCAAAGGACCCCCAAUCGCCGAAGCGGGCUUCACGUUCACAAAAUUGCCGGCGUCCCAAUCAAACCGGUCGGGCAUCGUGACCCAGCAGGUGAACAGCGUCGUGCUUGGCGGCCACACCGAAACGGCGUUUGUCAACAUGAGCACCGCCGCAAUCUGGAGCCUACCAGAAGAGGCAUGGUCUUUUGUGUCCAUUGCCAACCCGUCGUCGGCUGCGCCCGGCAACUCCGAGCUUACAGUCGUACGAAAAGACAGCACGCCCUCCACAGCGGCUGCACCGGACAGCCGUUCGGGACAUUCGGCUGUUCUAAGUGAGGAUGGCAACUCAUUGAUCAUCCUAGGUGGCUGGGUCGGGGACGUUACUCAGGCCGCAGACCCGCAACUGGCUGUUCUCAAGAUGGGACCCGACUACGGACAGUGGCAGUGGUCCAUACCGUCGACACAACCUUCAGGCUCCGGCAUGUACGGCCACGGUGCUGCCCUCCUGCCCGGCAAUGUCAUGGUCGUCUACGGCGGCUAUAACAUUAGCAGCUCAUCCACCUCACCUGCAAAAUUGAUCCGGAGAGGCUCCCCGUCGGGCGGGAACGGUCUCAUGUUUUACAACCUGACCAGUCUCUCUUGGUCCGAGAACUACACCUAUCCCGACAAGGACUCGUCAGCUGCCGCGCCUUCAUCGACCAAAUCACACACCUCUUCCUCCAAGAUGGCUCUCGGCCUGGGCCUUGGCCUCGGUAUCCUGCUUGCCAUUCUCCUUCUUGUCCUGCUCGUACACAUCUGCGGACGCCGCAGCCGCCAGCGCCGUCGGCGAGAUGAAGCCGUUCGUGCUCUCGCCCAAGACCACCAGCAGUUCCUGCAUGGCCACGACGAAAUGGUGGAGAAGAACGGUGGCAACUUGCCCUUCGGUUGGGGUAACGGACGUGAAGGAAUGGGCUUCUAUACUGGCGGCCAUGAUCCCUACGUGGGCCGCCGCUCUCUUGGGUUUGAGAGCCUUCGGGGAACCAAGCCAAGUCCUGCCUUCCCGACUUACCAGUCACCCAACCUGCAUGCCGACGACCCUAGCGUGCCAGGUGCGGCCUUUUCCAAUGGACGCACGCCGGCACGCAAUGUCGCGCGUGGCCUCUACCAGCCAACAACAAUCAAUGACUACGAGUCUUUCCUGGCGCUGGGUAACAACGGAGGUGCUGCUGCAGGCAACAGCACUAACGGAAUCCACCCCAUCUACGAGGCCGACGAAGAAGACGACGACAACGGCACCGACAAAGGCAAGCAGCGUGCCGGGGCACAGACCGCCGAUUCAACCGGCCGGUCCAUCAGCCCCGAGACUGAGGAGCUCACCGACCCGUUCCUCACCCCCAGUACGCAAUCUGUGCACGCUGGCUCCAACAACCCCAUGCGGUCGUCGUACGCCGGCGCUCUUGGGCCCAACACCGUCAAUCUCAACCCGUUCGUGCGCAACACGCCCAGCCCCGAUCGGGCUAUGUACGGCGGUGCGGACCUGGGCGUCAUGGAACCUUCCGGUGCUGGCGCCGGUCCCUCAAAAACAGGUCAGGACCGUGAUGUCCAGGAAUGGGUGACAGGUCUCGAAAUUGAAGAUCUGCUCUUCUCACCGCCUGCUCACGGAGCUGGCGCAGCAAUUGCUGCCUCGAUUUCGCCCGCACCAGGCCAGACACAGCCACGUGGGCGGGUGUCACCAAUCAACACUAGCCGCCGUAUUAGCCUGCGGUCCAAGCACAGUAGCGGCGGUAGCCCUACGCGGAGCAGCUUCUUGGGUUCGGCCGCUGCCGCUGCUGCAGGAGCCGUGGCGGGCGUGACAGGCGCGUGGGGAAGCGGUGAAGACGAGGCCCGUACAGGGAGCAACCUGUCCGAUAAGAGUGCGUUCAGUUUCCUGUCGCGGACGACUAGUUCGCGCGGCAACGUGCCCCACAGUGGCGUUCCUGGGGUCUUGAACACAAAGGUGUCCAACAGCGACUCAAGUUCCGCAAGCUUCAACACCGCGCAGACCGGCUUCCGCAGCCUUCGCAACGAGGGCCCGGAAUUGCUGUACGGAAAGGGGCAUCAGAACGGAAGCAGCGCCGGGGGCAGCUUUGACAACGGUGGUGGCAGCCUCAACAACAACAGUGGCCGUGCGGGAGCGAGCACACCUACGACUUAUACUCUGAACGCACCUCCAGUACUCCCACCUCUUGGGUUCGGGACAGGUUCCCAUGAGUACAGUGGUGCUGCAGGCGUGUUGGCUUCUGGCGCUGCCGUUGGCGGUGCCGUUGGCGGUGCUUACCAACACCUUCAUGCCAGCGAAGACGACGAGAAUGAGGCGCCCCCAGGCAGCCCCAGCAAGCUCAAGGGUCGACGCACCUGGAUGGGUAGCAUCAUGCGCAUCUUCAGCUCCGGCUCUGCCGCCAACGCGAACUUGCACUCCGACCCCCCGCUGGACGCGGCCGAUAGCAGCAGUAUGGGCACGGGCGCCCAGCAAGGUCCCAACUACCGUGACAUGGCUCACGCCACCCUACUGCGACGAAAACAGGGCCGGUCUGACUGGGAAGCCGACGAGCUGCGUGAGGAGGAGAACACAGCAGUGGGAGCACUCCGCAGUGGUGGUCGGACCGCAAGUAUGGGAUCCAUGCCUGGCUACAGCCACAGCAUCGGCCAGGGGAGUGGCUCGGGAGCAGGUGGGCCAUCUGCAUCCGGCAACAUCGCGGCGGGCCGGCGUGACGGCAGUGGCAAUUCGGAUGAGUGGGAUGUUGAAAAGGCCGUGCAAAAUCGCGUCGUCCAGGUCAUGUUUACUAUGCCCCGUGCCGAACAGCUGCGUGUUGUCAAUGCCGAGGUAGAGCGCGAAGAGGAUGAGGCCGACAUCGGCAGCGUCAGCCAAUCCGUCGACCCUCACGACUGCAGCAUCAACACCGAUCUCAACCACGAUGACGUUGUUGACGACGAUGACAAUGCAGGCGGUCUUUCUGCUCCCCCUCCUCCUCCCGUCUUACAGCGGCCGUAUCAAUCCUACCGGUCGCGCUCUCCGCUUGAGACGACGAGCACGUCCAAAGCCUCGGCCGACGGGUCAUACCGCGCGAUGUCACCGCCCCGCCAUCUCGCAUCACCCAUACCACCGGAUGUUAUUGACCAACAGGACGAGCAGUUGCGGCAGCUUCACGAGGCCUUGGCCGAGUCUAAGCGCCUGUUGUCGACCAAAGCUAUUGAGCCGUGGAUGCUGGAUGCCCAUGACGACGACUACGACGACUAUGAGGACGAUGCCGUGACCUUCGAUGAGGAAGAGGUGCACGAAGAUGAAGCGCAGGCGGUCUCGGUCGACCGAGGCAAGGUUGUGGACGUGGGUUGGACGGAUGCAGGAAACAUGCCGUCACCCCUUAACACGUCAUCUGCGUCGGAGAAACGCAGUCGCACCGCUGCGGAGCGCAGCAAGGCUGCCGAGGAGCGGGAGACGUUAGCGACCGCAGCAGCGUUGGCGCGCGUGCUGAUGAGCAGGCCAGGAGCUGGUUCGGCUCCAGCGACAGCACCAGGAAAGGCAUCCGCACCCGCCUCAUCUGCAGCGACGAUGCCGACCAUGCCAACCAGACCAGCCGCGGUCGCUGCGCCACCCGCUUCGCCUACCCGCUCGCCUGAUAAACCGACAACGCCCGUCAAACCACUGACGCCCGUCCGCUCGCUAGGGUCAACUUACAAAACACCCACCAAGGCCAUCUCCAACGAUUCGCUGUCGAGCAAAGCAUCCUUGGCAUCACGACGAUCGGGCCGGCGAGGGACACUGGGUGGUGACACGUUGCUGGGCUCUCCAGCGGCGACCGAGGCAGCCAGCACAAUCAAGAAGCCGGCCGGAUUUGUGCUGGACAUGGUGGACAAGAUUGAGUUAACGGGGUCGCCCAAGUCGGGGCACAGCCGUCUUAAUGCUUGA